AUGAUGGAAUAUGAAUUGGACUUCUGGGAGCAACUCCAGAGUUUCUUAGCGUCAAUUAAUGAUGACAAUGCAAAUUCUAUUGCUGUUGAUCUCAAUUUGGAUGUAAUUUCAAAUACGGAUGGUAUAAAUCAGUUGAUUCAUGAAAUUUUCUUCAUUUUAUCCAUACGUUUGAAUGUCACUGAUGCUCUUGUCAAGUUCACAGUGGCAAUUAAGAAGCUUGCAAAGCCUAAUAGUAUACUUCAAGCACUUCCGAAAUUUAUUCUUCGCAAUUGCGAAAGAUCAAAGAAUCCCUUUAUCGUAGUUUACAUUUACAAACUUGUUAAAAUUGGAUUCUUAAACUUAUAUGAAAAAAUUCCUCGUGUUUUAUACUUAGCAACACACGAUCUCCCUAUUGCACGUGAUAUUUUUGCUGAAGAACUAUAUAACGCUUUUCCAUGCUUCUUCACUGCUCCAAUAAACUAUUCAAUAAGUACCAUUGAAGAUGGUUGUUUACCAGGAACAAUCGAAUACGCACUUAAGCACGACGACAUCGACUUUUUACGCGAGAGAUCAAUCGAAGGAGACUUCAGUUUCAAUCAGACUCUUUAUUGUUCGCAAUUAUACCACCCUGUUAUUCGAAAUCAAAGAGCAACUUUGUUAGAAGCUGCUGCUUUAUUCGGAUCAUUAACAUGCUUCAAGUUCCUUAUGCUAAACAAGGCAAACUUCCGUGGUAUCGUUGAGACAGCUCCUAUCAUUGGAGGAAAUUUGGAAAUUAUUCGUCUCUGGGAUCAGAAUCGCGAGAUUGAUGGCCAGCAUGUCGAAACAGCAAUGAGAAAUCGUCGCAAUGAUGUCAUUGAUUGGAUCAUUGAUACAAAAUCCACAAGAUUUACAAAUGAAGACUUAUUUAACAUGUCAAUAUCAGCAAACAACGCCUAUUUCUUCAACAAAUACAAAGAUGAGAUCAAAGUUACAUCACACAUGGUCAAUUCAUCAUUCAACUCGAGAUCAUUUUUCGCUCAAAAAUAUCUUAUCGAAAAUUGCAUCGAAGACAUGUCAUUACUCUACGCGAACUGCAUUACAUCGAAGUCAGUAAUUGAAUCUCUCCUCGAAAAGAAUCCUUCCGGUUCUUACAUUUGUGACUUUACAUCUUCUCAAAUUUCUCCCUCAAUUUUAUCGGUUUUAUACAGCAAAAACCUUCUCAAAAUCACUGACCAGUUUGCCGAAUCUGUUGCCAAGAAUGGAACCAAAGAAGUACUCGCAUGGCUCAAAGUAAUGAAACUUUAUGAUAUUUCAAAAUUGUCACUUUUGGAAACUGCUGUUUCAUCCAAAAAUUAUGACGUGAUCAAUUAUCUGAUCAACUUGGAAGAAUUCAAAUUUGACAACAGUAUCAUUGACCUUGUCUUGAGCAUUGCUGUUUCGAAGAGAAUCCUUCUAAUUCCUUUCGUUCUCUCCAAGAAAAUUUCUGAUAAUUUCAGAUCAUUUUUGACAAAUUUGCCGUUUAUUAACGACUCUAAUUUGACUGAAAGAGCGAUCUACGAGAAGUGGUUGUUGCAAGAUUUCCUUCCAGAGCACAUCCCUAUUCUCACAAGGUUCUUUUUGAUUUCUGAACCUUGCAUUUCAACUUCUUCCAAUUCGAUGCUUGUAAUUCUCCAGAAAUUGAAUAAUUUUCCUCAAAUCAGAGCGGUUUUGUAUAGUGAAGUGAAGUCAAUUAAUCUUAAACUUCCUAUCAAGCAGCAUUUCAUUCCUGUUUUGGAAAUGAUCUCCAAGAUGGCACUCGAUGACUUGGAAAUCAUCUACAAAAAUAAAAACGUCUCUAAUGUUAAAGGUGACAUUGAAAAAGGUGACAUUGUUGAAUCAGAGAUAAAUGACUUGAUGGAUGUUCUCCAAAAGAUGUUUACUAAUAACGUAAUAACAUCUGAAACCGUUAUUAAAAAGUGCCAAGAGAUAAAUGACAUUGAUUUCACUUUGAUGAUGUUAGAAAUGUCAUUCAGAGAGAUUAAAGAACCAAAUCAUAAUCAAUGCCAGUUAUUGUCGACUUUCUACAAUAUGUUGGCUUCGAAUUUCAAAUCUCAAAAAGUGACAUCUGACAAAUCACGUGAAAUUAUCAUUCAAAGCAUUUCUCUCCUUCCUCAUUGUUUCCCAUUCGAAACUGAGAAAAUUGUCAAAGAACAAAUUGAUUUUUCUGACAAUUUGUCUGACAAAUUCUGCCAGAAAUUUUUGACAUUGAUUGAAUCAAAGAAAGUCAAGCUCCAAAGCGAUGAACUCAGAAGGAUUCAACUCAUGAUAUCAAAUUACUCAAUUUCGAAUGCAAAAAGAUGCCAAAAGAAUCCAAUCAUUGGUGUCGGAUUGGGAGAAAAACUUUUCUACAAAACUGCUUUUGAAAACAUUUCUAAAAAUAAUGAUGAUAACGGUUUGUGUCAGAUUUUGGCAGCGAUGAAACAAAGCUUGAUGGAAAACAAAUGGAAGAUGAAUUACAAGAAGAUGGAACAUUUCUUCGAUAUCAAGUUUGAUGAAAACGAAAAACUUUUGGAACUUUUUGCUUUCAUCGGAAGUUUUAUUGUCAAAAGUGACACUGAUUAUUUGACAGAAAAAUCAUUAGAAUCAUUAUUAAGUUCGCUCAAAAUUAUGUCAAACAAAUGUCCAAAGAGUGAUGAACUAACUGUUUGUUUGACAAAUUUGAGUGAAUCUAUCGAAGAGAAAGAAUAUUUGAGUGAAGAAAUGAUCAACGAAAUCAAAAUUUAUUUGAAAGACAUCAAAGAAAAUCAAUUGUUGAUCAAAGCUUUCUUUUCAAAGUUUUCAUAUAAUGAUGAUGAAUUCGUCUUAGAUUUGUUGCGUAAUCUGAAUGAUACGAAAUCAUUUUUGUAUUGCGUUUUGUAUUCGAUAAGAGGAAUCACUCAAAAUAUUGUCUUGGAAGAAAUUUUCGACCUGUUUUCGAAAACAGUUUUGAAUGAUGAAAAAAUCUGCAGAAAUGCAAACCAAGCAAGAACUCAUUCAUCAUUCUACACACUUGGAUAUUCGGAUAGCGAUUACGAUAUUCCUUCUUCUGUUUCUGUUGAUUCAGGAGUCAUCGAAAUCGAUUACUUAGUUGUUGGAAUUCUUUCCGAGUUCUCUGGAAUAUUCAACAAGAAUUCUUAUCUGAAAGAUUUUAAUAAGUUCCUUGACGCAAAGGCUUCUAUUAUGCCUUCAGCAGAAAGGUUGCUUUCUCGUAUAUAA